UUUGAGCUAUUUUCAAAUACUUGAGAAUUGUCAUUUGUGCACUGUUGCUGUGCAAGUGGUUUUAUUCCCUCAUAGACUGCAGUCUGUGACAUAGUCCUGUCACCUCUGAGUUUUGUCAUGGUCCUGCCACCUGAAGGUUGUGAUCACCUCUCUCCUGGACCUCUGUCAGGCAGCCCAACUCCCCAUGAACUGCCCUCCUCUAACUAAUUAUGUUUGACCAAAGUGGCUUUUCAGAAUGGAACCAUCUGCUAAAGGUGCCCGGCAGGUUGUCAUUCAUUUCUAGCAUGGAGACAGGCCACCUUUGUGUGGCCUCCAGGAGGGCCCUGUAGGGAGUGGCCUGUGUUCCCCCAUGCUGCAGCCUCAUCUGUCCCUACCUGCACUCAAGCUGCCCAGGUCUCCUCUCCGUCACUGGUUCUUGCUGCUUUUUGUCUGGAUCCUUGGCCCUCAUGCCAAGGAUGACCAUACAGACAUUUUCCUCCUGUCUUUAUAUUUUUGUCCCAUUGCAUUCCAGCUUAGGGACACUUCGAGAACCCUGGGAAGAAAUCUUUUACCUGUUCUCUAGGUCAGAGCCAGACUUUGCAGGUAGCUUCUCUUUGCUUCAUCACACUUGUUACGGCUGCAGUUUCGUGUGUAUUGUAUCAUUUGAUUAAUGCAGACUCUAAACUGUACCUGUCACAAGGGCGGAAGCCAUAUCUGCUUUUACUUAAUGAUUGUAUCCCUGAUGUCCUGCACAGGACGUGGGACACAAUGGCAGCUUAAUAAGCACUUGGUGAAUACCUGGAAUGAGAGUCGCCAGAUACCUUUUCUCAGCAUUACUACCUGCAGUCUGCUAGCUGCUGUGGCGGUCAUUGCAGAUGGUUGGGUAGAGGCACACUUCGUUAUUAGACAGUUCACUCACUGCCAUGAGAGCAAGACAUGUACCAAAAGUAUUAUUUUAUAAGCUAGAUUGCAAUUAGAGUUUGAAAAAUAAUAUACCUUUAAUGAUGUGAAAAUGUGCUGAUUCAGCUGGUCUUUGUCAAUACAUAAAAACGAGUGAAUUGCAAUGUUAAGGAGCAGAACAGUUUUUGCGACAACAUGUAACAUUCAUAAAGUAAUCCUAGCUCCAAAGGAAGUAAACGUUGAUCAAACAUCAAUGUGAGAAGUUGAAGAGUAAAAUGUGUUAUACUACUUGUAAAUGCCGGGACAUUGUGCCUGUGAAACGGUCUGUGUGAAGACCAAGAGGAAAGUUUUCAUCCUGCCAAACAGUUUUUGAAAGUUGUUGUGAGGCAAUCAGUCUGUUAGUAUAAAGACUGUACAAGUGCGUGGGGCUGGCCUGGGGCCGCUUUUGUCCACUUAUUUGAAGUUGUUAGGUCAGCCCUCGCUCAGGUGCCCCCCUCCUCCCCAUUAUCCUUAGGUUGCUCCACCCCGUGCCUGGGGUGUGCAGCUUGCUCUGGUAGGAAGACUGGCUGGGCAGUGCAUUCUCAGAGGAGUCAGGUGAUUGCUGUUGGAAGGCAGCUGCUGGAGGUUCCAGGCAGGCAGUGUCCCCUCUCCUCUGCCUCAGGACAGCUGGUUAUUUACCAGGCUCCUAAGAAGUCCUCCUUGCUCACUGGUAGAGGAGAGAGAUUAUGCAGUGGGCAUCUGAUUGAUCCAAUGGGAAUUACACUGAUCUGGUGUCUGGCUUUGGUUCUUAUCAAGUGGAUCACCUCCAAGCGACGUGGAGCUAUUUCCUAUGACAGUUCUGAUCAGACUGCGUUGUACAUUCGUAUGCUAGGAGAUGUACGCGUAAGGAGCCGAGCAGGAUUUGAAUCAGAAAGAAGAGGUUCUCACCCAUACAUCGAUUUUCGUAUUUUUCACUCUGUGCAUGGAUUCCUGUUAUGGGCGAGGGCUACAGGAUUGGCAAGAAAUGAAGCAUCUGGCUGUUCUAAGUCUCAAUCUGAGAUUGAAGUAUCUGUCUCUGCAAGGAAUAUCAGGAGGUUACUAAGUUUCCAGCGAUAUCUUAGAUCUUCACGCUUUUUUCGUGGUACUACUGUUUCAAGUUCUCUAAACAUUUUAGAUGAUGAUUACAAUGGACAAGCCAAGUGUAUGCUUGAAAAAGUUGGAAAUUGGAAUUUUGAUAUCUUUCUAUUUGAUAGACUAACAAAUGGGAAUAGUCUAGUAAGCUUAACCUUUCAUUUAUUUAGUCUUCAUGGAUUAAUUGAGUACUUCCAUUUAGAUAUGAUGAAACUUCGCAGAUUUUUAGUUAUGAUUCAAGAGGAUUAUCACAGUCAAAACCCUUACCACAAUGCAGUCCAUGCUGCAGAUGUUACUCAGGCCAUGCACUGUUACUUAAAAGAACCGAAGCUUGCCAAUUCUGUAACCCCCUGGGAUAUCUUGCUGAGCUUAAUUGCAGCUGCCACUCAUGAUCUGGACCAUCCAGGUGUCAAUCAACCUUUCCUUAUUAAAACAAACCAUUACUUGGCAACUUUGUACAAGAAUACCUCAGUCCUGGAAAAUCACCACUGGAGAUCUGCAGUGGGCUUGUUGAGAGAAUCCGGAUUAUUCUCACAUAUGCCGUUAGAAAGCAGGCAACAAAUGGAGACUCAGAUAGGUGCUCUGAUACUAGCCACCGACAUCAGUCGCCAGAAUGAGUAUCUGUCGUUGUUUAGGUCCCAUUUGGAUAGAGGUGACUUAUGCCUGGAAGACACCAGACAUAGGCAUUUGGUCUUACAGAUGGCUUUGAAAUGUGCUGAUAUCUGUAACCCAUGUCGGACCUGGGAAUUAAGCAAGCAGUGGAGUGAGAAAGUAACAGAAGAAUUCUUCCAUCAAGGAGAUAUAGAAAAAAAGUAUCAUUUGGGUGUGAGUCCACUCUGUGAUCGUCAGACUGAAUCUAUUGCCAACAUCCAGAUUGGUUUUAUGACUUACCUAGUGGAGCCUUUAUUUACAGAAUGGGCCAGGUUUUCGAACACAAGGCUGUCCCAGACUAUGCUUGGCCACGUGGGGCUGAAUAAAGCCAGCUGGAAGGGACUGCAGAGGGAACAGUCCAGCAGUGAGGACACUGAUGCUGCAUUUGAGUUGAACUCACAGUUAUUACCUCAGGAAAAUCGGUUAUCUUAACCCCAGAACCAGAGGGACAAACUGCCUCCUGGAGGUUUCUAUAAAUGUGAAAUGGGGUCUUGAGGUGAGAGAACUUACUCUUGACUGCCAAGGUUUCCAAGUGAAUGAUGCCAGCAUUAUUUAUUUCCAAGACUUCCUCUGUUGGAUCAUUUAAGCCCACUUUUUAAUUAUGAGACCUGAACCCACAGCAAUAUGCAUUGGCUUUUGUGUGAAACCUUGAAUAUGCAAAGCCCAGCAGGCGAGAGUACUGAAGGAGCCUGGAAGGCUGGUUUGAGGUGUGCCGCGUGGUUUUCAGAGCAUUCUUCUUCAAACCCUGAAACUUGAACAGAAUCUCUGAGCAGCAGUCUCUUGGAAGCUAACCAGUCUGAUGGAACAGUGUGUAUCUGUACCUUCCACUAAGUUCUCUCUGAGAAAACGGAAAUGUGAAGUGCCCAGCCUCUGCUGCCUCCGGCAAGACUCAAUGUUUACAAAUCAACUCUGAAAAUAUUGGUUCUAAAUUGCCUUGGAGCACGAUUGUGAAGGAACCACUAAAAAACAAAACUUAAAGAUCAAACUUUUAGACUGCAGCUCUUUCCCCCCUGGUUUGCCUUUUUUUCUUCUUUGGAUGCCACCAAAGCCUCCCAUUUGCUAGUUUUACUUUGUGCACUGGAAACUGAGCAUUUAUCAUAGAAAACCGCCAAGCUUUCCCUCCAGUGCUGUUUGGCAAUGCAAAUUUAAAAAAAAAAAAACUCUUAGUUUUUAAUUUGGGGUGGGAGGGGGAGAACACCAGUGUCCUAGCUGUCCUCUGAUUGUGCAGUGGAGACAUUGCAUGUUGUUUUCACUACUGUACACUUGACCUGCACAUGCAAGAAAAAGGUGGAAUGUUUAAAACACCAUAAUCAGCUCAGGGUAUUUGCCAAUCUGAAAUAAAGUGGGAUGGGGAAGUGUGUCCUUCAGAUUAAGGGUACUAAAGUCCCUUUCGCUGCAGUGAGAGGUAUGUUGUGUGUGGAUGUGUGGGCGUGUGUUUGCGUGCAUGUUUGUGUGUGUAUGACUGUGCAUGUGUUAUGUUUACCCAUGUGGGAAAGGAUUGGAAAUGUAAGCUUUUAUUUAUUCUUGUAGAAUGUGACAUAAUGAGCAGCCACACUUGGGGGAGGGGAAGGUAGGUAAGCUGUAACAGAUUGCUCCAGUUGCCUUAAACUAUGCACAAAGCUAAGUGACCAAACUUUUCGUUUUGAUUUGAAAAAAAAAAAAAAAAAAAAGUGCAUUGUUUUCUUGUCCCUCCCUUUGAUGAAACGUUACCCUUGAUGGGCCUUUUGAUGUGAACAGAUGUUUUCUAGGACAAAAACUUAAGGACUAAUUUUAAACGUAAAACAUUCCACUUUUGUAAUUUGUUUUAAAUUGUUUUAUGUAUAGUAAGCACAACUGUAAUCUAGUUUUAAAGAGAAACCGGUGCUUUCUUUUAGUUCAUUUGUAUUUCCCUUGUUACUGUAAAAGACUGUUUAUUAAUUAUGUUUACAGUUUGUUGCAACAGCCAUUUUCUUGGGAGAAAGCUUGAGUGUAAAGCCAUUUGUAAAAGGCUUUGCCAUACUCAUUUUAAUAUGUGCCUGUUGCUGUUAACUUUUGAUGAAUAAAAACCUAUCUUUUCACA